UUAGCUGUCAACCUUUAUUUGAUUUAUAAUUUUCGUUGUAGUUUUUAUAUUAGUGUAAAUGAAAGUGUGUUGCGUUUACUUAGCUAUUAGCAUUGUUUUGGGCACGUGCUUUCGUUUUUGCAACGCUCACAGUUUCUCAGUAAAGAUUGGGUUUGAAUAACAGACAUAGUCUUGUGUUUUAUAAUCUAUUGAAUUAAUUUUACUUCAAUAAUUUACAUUUUACGGUAGUUUUAUGUUGAUGGUUGGUACACUGUCCGCAAUGCAGGUGUUGUUUAUGAUCCUGCUCAUCCUCACAUGCUUGUGUUGAUGUGCUUUGGCCAAUCAGAUGUUGCCAUGAAAGUCCCACCUUGCUUUUUUCCCCAUAUAUGCCCAAGCUUUUAUAAUAAGUGGUUUAUUCUAUAAUAAUUGAACUAUAGAAAUAUCUACAGUAAUAGCUUGAAGUUGGCAUUAACCUGCAGUUGUUGUCACUGUACAAUAGUGCAUCGUGCCAUCUUACUAGCUUACAUCAUACGUGGUGGGUGUGACACUAUAGGGUUGGUCCUCUCCAAAGCACUGGAUGUUGGUUGUAUGUGUCUGAUCAAUACCAGAAUAUAACUAGUGUUUUAGAGUCUCCUCUAAUGCAGCAGCUCAUUGAUUAUUAAAGCGAGAGAGGGAGAGAGAGAAUUUGGAGGGCAAGACAGAGAGCUGUUAAGGGAGUGAGAUGCAGACACAAGAGAGAUAGCAGGGAAAACAGAGUUGAGUACUGAUGUCAGGGGGAUUCUUUGUCUGUUGUAUAUGGAGCAGGGCGGGGGAGGCUCACCCUCUGACUGUAGGGACCAAUAUCAGUCAAAUCAGUGCAAAUGUCAGCAUCAGCACUGUUAGAUGUCUACCCGCUCACAAAUUGCUCCUAAAGGAGGACUGAGAGAGUGAGACCUUACGUAUGCUGUGGAAUAUCGCUCCUGAAGGAUGGUCAAUGCUUCCAGGGCCUGUGAUUUAACAGCAAAGCGCUCUCAGUCAAGUUAAUUUACGGGCUUACGGUGUUACAUCGCAAUGGCAACGAAGUUGUAAAACUGGAUAUAACUUUAAACAGAAAAGGUAUACUUGGCUAGUGUAUGUGUGAGUGAGUUUAUUUGUACAUGUGAGUGUGACUUUGUAUCAUCAUCAUGGCCUCUGUGAGUGUGACCUUGGAGAAUCAACUGCACAGCGCGCAAAAGAACCUGCUGUUCCUGCAGCAAGACCAAGCCAACACACUGAAGGGCCUUCACGCUGAGAUCCACCGCCUACAACAGCACUGCACAGACUUGACAUAUGAGCUGACAAUGAGGAGCUCUGAUCAAAGCGAUGACGGCGAGGCUCGCUGCAGAGAACUGCACCAGCGCUGUGAGGAGCUGGAGGCUCAGCUGAAGGCUAAAGAGCAGGAAAACACAGAGCUCCUGCGGGAUCUGGAGCAGAAGAACGCCAUGAUCUCUGUGCUGGAGAACACCAUCCGGGAGCGAGAGAAGAAGUACCUGGAUGAGCUAAAGCUGAAGAGUCAUAAGUUGGCCGUGCUGUCAGGAGAGCUAGAGCAGAGAGCCAGCACCAUCGCCUACCUCACCUCCCAGCUCCAUGCUACCAAAAAACGCCUUCUUGCUGGGGGUGCGGCUGGUGUAAGCCCCUCCGUCAGCCCCAUUGCCUCUUUCAAACCCACGCCUCCUGCCACUCCAGUGCCUACUGGAAACGAUAAGGACAUCCGCCAACCAGAGACCCCUCGCAGGCGUAUGCGCAAAAGUCUUUCACAGCCGCUGCAUUCUGAAUACAUGGAGCUAUAUCGAUUGGGUGCCACGGAUGGGCGUAGGGUGGUACUGAGAGAUUCUGUAGAUGCCAUGCCGGAUCCCACACCCUUCCUGCAAACAAGAGAGCCGGCUGGCCCUGCAGAGUCUCAACCAGUGCUCCGGGAACGCCCUUCUGUAAUUCCACCCAUUGCAUCUUUGGGCACACCCCCUGCACCAUUAAGUCCUGCCCACAUCCCAGUACCCCCAAGCCCCAGGAAUAGUCCAGCGCGGGAAGGGCAUCAUUCCUGUACUAACGCACAAAUAGGAGUGGCACAUAGGAUCCACCGCUUGCCCUCAGUGGGUGGAGGUGCUGCCCGGCCACAGGCAGAGGUGGAAACCCUCGCUGUGGACCAAGUCAAUGGGGAGCAGGUAGUUCGCAAACGCUCAGGCGCAGACAGAACUGUUUAAAACCAAGAAAUGCCCGCAUAUGCACACUCUAAAAUACAGAUAGAAAUAUAUAAACAUAGAUGUAUUAAGAUGACCAAUGCAGAAUGUGCUGAACUCUAUAUGACUGUGAAAACAUGCAUACUGUAUACACAAACACGCUCAGAACUGUAGAACUAUUCAAUAAAUGUAUGAAACACAAACAUAUCAGUAAAUUCGCUACAGAUUUCAAACUAACAAACACAAUUGCACAGCACAACCUUAAACAACUGGCAAAUGAACAAGAGAGUUUUAGGCACAGACUGUCCAAGAAUGAGAGAGACAAUGAAUGUGUUUCUAAGAGAAUGAUGGAGAGACUGUGAAGGGCAGCAAGAGCUACUGUAUGUCCUGCUGCUUUAUAUGCAACACUGUAAAAACAAAUGGAAAAAAAAAAAAUGGUGUAAAGAAUUUUUUUUGUCUUUUUUUUUGUCUCACCUCCGUCAAAAAGAACCGUGAGCAUGCCAAAUGUUUAUUUUUCUUUACCAUCUGACUUUCAGUGUCUUCUUUUUGUCAUUUAUGUCCCACUCUGUUGUCAAGGUGCAUCACACACAUAUAUUGCCAAAUCUUGUCAUUGUCUGCUGAUUUAAUGUGCUCUGAUGCAUAUUCAUAUCUACUCAUAUUUAUUCAUAAGCACUCCUGUAGUACUGGAAUCUCCUUUCUUCCCUUCUCACUGACAUAUCUACAGGAAAAUGUCAAGAAUCCUCCUGCUUCUUAUUAAACAUCUGCAGAAAUUAAAGGACAAAUGUCUCAAAGAGGUGACUUUAAUUGCACUGUUGCUCUUGUUUUAUUAAUAACAUGACUAUUAAUAUACACUGACUGAGCACUUUAUUAGGAACACUAUGGCCCUGAUAAAGUGCCCGAUGUGGUCUUCUGCUGUUGUAGCCCAUCUGUCUCAAGGUUCGAUGUGUUGUGCAUUCUGAGAUGCUAUUCUGCUCACUACAAUUGUACAGAGUGGUUAUCUGAGUUACUGCAGCCUUUCUGUCAGCUCGAAUUAGUCUGGUCAUUCUCCAUUGACCUCUCUCAUUUCCAUCCGCAGAACUGCCGCUCACUGGAUGUUUUUUGUUUUUGGUACCAUUCUGAGUAAACUUCUAGAGACUGUUGUGCUUGAAAAUCCCAGGAGAUCAGCAGUUACAGAAAUACUCAAACCAGCCCGUCUGGCACCAACAAUCAUGCCACGGUUCAAAUCACUGAGAUCACAUUUUUUCCCCAUUCUGAUGGUUGAUGUGAACAUUAACUGAAGCUCCUGACCCAUAUCUGCAUGAUUUUAUGCAUUUCACUGCUGCCACAGGAUUGGCUAAUUAGAUAAUUGCAUGAAUAAGUAGGUGAACUGCUGGUCCUAAUAAAGUGCUCAUUGAGUGUAUA